AUGAAGAACAAUCGAGAUAACGUGUAUGACUGUACAAGUUCUAACUUUGAUGGAAUGAUAUCGAUGAUGAGCCCUGAGGACAGUUGGGUGGCUAAGUGGCAAAGAAUAAAUCGCUUUUGUAAAGGUGUCUAUGCUAUAUCCGUAUCUGGACGAUUACCAAAUGGUAUUAUAAGGGAAAUGAAAAGUCGGGGCAUCGUUUACCGCCCUAGAGAUACCAGUCAGAGAUGA